AUGGCUUCUACGGAGAACCUCGAUCCCCAGUACCUCUACUUCCUACCACCAUAUCUUGCCUUCCAUUCGGAUGCGAAAGUUUCAACGGAUCUGCUCUCAGCGCCCACCGAUUCAUCACAAGCUCAGCUCUUCUAUCUCAGUUGCGUUGAUAAUCCACCGUCGGAAGACUUCAAAAUCACGAACCAUACCCGCGAAGAUAUCGACACAUGGUGCAUGAUCCGUCGCAUACAGCCGGAGCUCAACUUUGUCGACCGCCAGCGAUGCUUGGUCCGCCACAAGGCUCUUCAAGCACUGCGAAGCAUCGGUCUCGAUUAUCGGGGAGGGGUUGAGAACUUCAUGCUUGCGCCGCGAGAAGAGAUAGAUGGCGAAAAGAGACUCCCAACGACAGGCAUCCUGAUUGUAGAUGCCGACAAGGCAGCCGAGUACGUUCAACUGGGCAUGCGCUUCGAGUCUGCGGAAAUCCAUAUACCAAAGAGUCUAGAUGAAGCAGCGAGGCGAUACUCGGAAGUUUCCACGGUGGUCAACUCAUCAGGAGACACGGUAGCGGCUCAACAAGUACUAUUAGACAGGUCAAACCGUUCCACUGACGAGGAUGAGAAGUGGAUGCUUGGUCGCGAGAUAUUCCGCCUGGAUGUGCUUCUCCAGCAUGAGGAGUGGCUUAUCGACCUAGCCAACGAAAAGGCACUUCAGCGAAAGGAGACUAUGCAAGAGACAGACAUUGAAGUUAAAGCGUUGCCUUCUGCCCUGCAAGAGAAGAAUGUGGCUUUCCAGUAUGCUCUAGAUAAGAAGCGCGAGAGCUGGAAACACAGAACGUUAGAGGACAUGGAAGGAUUUGAGCAGUAUAUGCGUGAAGAACAAUGGAAGUAUGGGAGAGAUUGCUCGGAGGCUGACAAGUUGAUGGACUUAAGAACUAGAAAUGCGGCAACAUUAUUCAUAUCAAGGCGGGAAGAUGUGAGCAGUCCAAGUAUUCUAUCUGAUGAUGAGGACUUCGAUGAAAAUUCACAUGUCGACGCACCAGGAGAAGAUCUUGAAUGCACAGCAUUGCAAGGCUAUGGCGACUGGAGAGCAGCAGCCGACGGCGACACUUUCGGCCGGCCUUUAGUGGAAUUCAAAUCAGAUCAUGGAUGGAACACACCGCGCAAGAUGUCUACAGACGCUCACCACAAUGGGGCGGCCUCUCCCGAUUUCAGAGGGUCACCCAAACCAUUACACGAAGAGGUAAAACCGGACUACAAAUGGGCCAUACCGGCGGGAGAGCCUGAACAGAUGAUUCGCAACCGAGAGUGUCCGUCAAAUAACGGAGGAUGGUCUACUUUGAAAGACGGAGAGAACGCAUGUGGGGAUGGAGGGGAGUUGCAAGGCGGUACGACUAACGAAGUCGAAGACAGCAAGCAAGUGGAGCUAGAGAAGGACGGUUGGCCUUGCACCCAGGACGAAGCACUCAGUGAAACGUGGUGGACACCAAGGGAGUGGGCUCAGGACACGACAAAAGAUGUCAAGACAGCACAUGGCUACGCGACGCCUAUGUCCUGCAGAAUUUGGGGGAGACAAGAUAGACUUUGGUAG